GAUAAAAAUGUUGCUCUUCAGAGCCGCUCUACUCAGUCCUCUACUGAUUCUUUAAGCUCAUCAAUCAAUGCCAUCGGACUGAAUGCUAUAGAUGGGAAUUCAGAUCCGCGCUAUGUCUCCUGGUCCUGCUUCGCUAGUAAAGCUGAACUGUCACCCUGGUGGAGAGUGGAUUUAAUGGCAAGCUAUAAAAUAUCCCAUAUAAUGAUCACCAACAGAGGGGACUGCUGUGCAGAGUACAUUAAUGGAGCAGAAAUUCUUAUUGGAGAUUCACUAACCAACAAUGGGAACAAUAAUGCAAGGUAA